CUCCAGAGCCCGUCCGCCGAGUCCAUCCUCCUCUCGGCCAAGCACUCCGGCCCGGUCUGAGCCCGUCCUCUCUCUGUUCCUCCUGCUUGGCCGCCCGAGCAUCCAUCUCAGCGACACAUCUCCCCCCACCCAUCCAGCGAAACAGCUCCCGGCGUCUGGAUCUCCCCUUUUCCUUGGCUCACUCGCUCAGUAGCUCACUUGCUUGCUCCAGCCAUGCUCUCCAACUCGACAGCCCUUGCGGCCAACUCAACGGCCGUCAUUGACGACUGCAUAUCGGCCAUCCCGCCGACAUUCGACAGCGGCUCCAAGGACUUUAUCAUCCUGGUGGUCAUGUUCCUCUGCUCGGUCAUCUUUGGCAUCGUUGCAUCGAGCCUGACGGCUUACUUGACGGUCCGGCAUCUCCAAAACUUCAGCCAGCCGUACUAUCAGCGGUGGAUCGUCCGGAUUUUCUUCAUGGUUCCGAUCUAUGCCCUCUGCUCGACGCUGUCGCUGCGGUUCUAUUGGUUCUCGAUCUACUUUGACAUUAUCCGGGACUGCUACGAGGCUUUUGUGAUUUACAGCUUCUUCAUGCUCCUGCUGCAGUACCUGGGCCCCACCCACGAGGCCAGACGACAGGUCUUGUCGUCCAAAGACCGUGUCCGCUAUCCCUUCCCUCUCAACUGCUUCACUUUCAGCCCAAGGGGCAAUGCCUUCCUGCUCAACACCAAAAUCGCAUGUCUGCAAUAUGUCGUUAUUCGACCGACCAUGACCAUCUUGGCCUAUGCCAUGCAAAUGGCCGGCGUGCUGUGCUCGCAGUCAAUGUCCCCGACUCACGGAGAGUUUUGGGUGACCUCCAUCAACCUUACCUCUGUCUGUGUUGCCAUGUAUGCCCUGAUUUUGUUCUACAUCGUUAUCCACCACGACAUUGCCGAGCACAAGCCAUUCUACAAGUUUGUGGCCGUCAAGUUUGUGGUCUUCUUCAGUUUCUGGCAGUCGAUCCUGCUUUCGUUCCUGGUGCAGAUCAACGUCCUUCCUAGCACCCAGUACUGGGCUCCCGAAACGCUCUCGAUUGUGAUUCAGAGCUUCCUGAUUGCCUUUGAGAUGGUGAUUGCCUCGCUGCUACACAUGUACUGCUUCACCUGGCGCGAGUACGAAAUCCACGAGUACUCGGCAAAGACAUCCAUCUUGAAGUCGUUCCUGCAGUCGGUCUCGUUCAUGGACUAUGUCGAGGACAUCCGCCACGCCCCCAUGGAGCUCCAGGAGCAACACCGUCGCCGCAAAGAGAAGCGAUCCAAGAGCCGGACCCCUCAGCAGCACACCGAGCCCGACAACUGGGACGUUUCUGGCGUGAAGGGCCUCACUCCCCGACUGCCACCGCACGAGCCGUCGCACCAACCGUCUGCGGCCAAUCCACGCUUCCAGACCGAGGACCUUUCGGACUCUGAGAGCAUCCCCGAUCAUAACAGCGAGGAGCUGUUUAUCCCUGAACGAUCUGAACGCGGCCGCCAGUAACAAGCCCCCCCUGCCUUGCUCCGAGAGCUGUCGGACUGCUCCCUCGCCAUCGACCAGCAUGGUCUUCAUCCCAACAACCUUAGACCUGGACUCUGGGUCUGGAGAACCCACCACACGAGUCCCAAGAACCCGCCACCCUGAAAAUGGUCGCUCACAGCCGCGCUCCA